GCAUGUCUGGUACAAACUGUAUAUAAGUACAGUCAGAAGGUCCUCAGCACUCAGUCGGUUUUUCGAUGUUCAGAUACAACAACUAGGAGGCUAUGAAGUUUCCGCAGUUCGUUGCUAUCGGCUUGAUUCUUGUCAGUUACAGUGGAGGCGAUGGUUGCGCCAUCAGGCUGUACCGUGAGUUAAGACGAUGUGACGCUCUGUGGGGUCAUGACGCUGAAGUUGCUGUCGGUCCUCAGGGUGGUAAUGCCUAUAACAUCUCACAGCUCAUCAGAUACUGUCGAAACCCAUCUGGAGAACGCGUGGGUGACUGCAUGACAGACGCGUACGCUCAAUGUGACCCUGGAUGGGGGGAGGAAGAAAGACCAGUGUUUCAGUCUCAAGCCUACUUCCUGGCCCGUGGGAUUGAGUAUCUGUGUUCUGAAGUUGACGUGAUAGAAAGGGAUCGGUCCUGUAUCAAUGGCGUAGCGACGGAGUUGACCGAGUGCGAACGAGCGUCAGUUCGUGAGUUCGACGAGUCUUUCCAAGAGCUACAGCAGCAUGACCCUGUGCCAUGGAGCGAGAAUAGACGCCUACUGGAAAGAAUGGGUCGAUACAGAGAACAAUGUGUUAAGGAUCUGUUUUCGGAGCAGUGUAACCUUCAUCUGGGCCAAGUUUUCGGGAACUUCUUAUAUGGUGUCGGAGUGCACGCUUUCGACAACAGAAAUCGCAAUCUCCGCUAAGGUUUCAUUCUACACAAACUCACGAAAUAGCGUCUGUGGCAUUUUUUUUGUUGUGCAUUUUCUACAAUGUUUCUUCAACAAAUAAAGUUGCCAUACAGAC